AACUUACAUUUCUAUAGUUUAAAAAACCAGAUGAUUUGUACAUUUUAUUGUUUAAUCUCUGGUGAAAGUCCUCAGUGUCUCUAGAAAUUGUUUUGAUUAAUUUUUUUACAUUUAUGUCUCUUAAAUAUUGAUGCACAGUUUGCUUUUUCCGCUAUUCAAGCAUAACUGUACCAAAUCAACACUACAUUCCCUCAUUAUGGUGAUCUCUUGUUAGCUUUUGAAGCUCUCCUUUGUAUUACAUGUGUGCAAUAUUUUUAGCCAAACAAGCUCAGCAUUAAUAUCAUUUUAAAAUUGUUUGACUCACUUAAUCAUCUUUGAAUUACAAUCAUGAUACUUUCAACGUUACCUCAACCAACAUAUUGUAACCCUGUUUUUGGGUUACUUCUAGUUUUAUUUGUAUCACAAACAUUAUGUUUACCGGGCUCUUAUUUCAAUUCUUCAUCUCUAAAUGAUACCUCAGUGAACCGGACAAUAUCAUCAACCUUCAAAUAUCUAUUAAGAUCUCCAAGAUCACCAUCAGAUUCAUCUAGUUCAUACUCAUAUACAACUGCUCCUGAAGAGGGUUUACCUGUAUCACUUGGUCUACUUGUUGCUACCGGUCGUACAAAUGGAUCAGGCAUAACCUAUUGUAUAGCACAUUACAAUUCUAGAGAGAUUGCUGAUGGGCCUGAUAAAGCUCAAUUUUUCAACCUGAUUAAGGCCGACGAUAUCAAUUUUUGCUCACCACCACCGAAGUCUCAGAAUGGUCUAUCUGAUGCAGGGUCUUACAUUUUGACUAACUUCAACAAUAAGUGCACUUUAAUUGAACAAGCUGUCAACGUUCAAGACUAUUAUAAAGAUUGUAAAGGUAUCAUUAUAUCACUUCCUAAUGAUGUCAAUGUUUACAAGCUGUUUGUCAAAAGAAACAUCACGGAUCCUAAAUUCAUCAUUGCCUUGAUUGGUGAAGAUUCAACUGCCGAUAUGUUAAACAGAUAUCAGAAUCAAGUUAGAGCAAUGGUUUACCAGCCUAAAGAUAGUAAUGAUGAAGAACGAGGUAUUUUUGAAUCAAGUUUGGUUGGUAUCUGGUUAAUUGCUGUCUUUACAGUUGCCAUUGGAGGAUAUUCAUCAGGGAUUCUUCGAUAUGAGUUAUUUUUGACCCGUCAACUACAUGAAAAUGAAGCUGCUUUAGAAGAAUCAGAGGAAGAAGGAAGUAAUGACCAAGAAAGAAAAAAGAAAAAGAAGACGAAGUUGGAUGAUGCAGUUCUGGAUGUGACUCCAACAACUGUUGUCUUCUUUGUCAUUUAUAUGUGUGCGGUCCUUUUAAUAUUGUACUUCUUCUACUCUUAUCUGAUUUUCAUCAUGAUUAUAUUUUUCGUCGUUUUCUGUACAAUCUCAAUAUACUCACUAAUCAUGGGUUUAUCAGUUAACUAUGUUGCACCUCGGUUAAAUACUAAAUGGUCUAAAUACGGUUGGCGAAUUGGAGUUACCUUGGUUUCCUUAAUAGCUCCAGUUACUUGGUUUUUCAUUCGCAAAACAAAUCAAGCUUGGAGUCUUCAAAAUGCGCUGGCCAUAAUAUUUUGUAUUCACAUUCUGCAAAACCUUCGGUUUCCCAAUUUUCGAAUAACUAGUUUCCUGUUGACAUUGCUAUUCGCCUAUGAUAUUUUCUUUGUAUUCCUUACUCCCUUCUUGACCAGUGAUGGCGAAUCUAUCAUGGUAAAAGUAGCCACAGGAGGAACCAGCUCUGAAAUAUCUUACUCAUUUGGAAUUAAAUCGAUCAGUGAAUCUCUUCCGGUUGUUUUUCAAUGGCCUCGCUCAUUAUCUUCAACCCUUUUCUCAGACAAAUGCUACCAAGGUCGAGUAUUUUGGACAUCAAAACUUGGUUUUGGAGAUGUUUUGGUUCCAGGUUUUCUAGUUUCCUAUUGUCACGCUUUAGAUCUUUUCCAAAAAACACCUUAUCGUCUCUAUUUUACGGUUGAAUGUAUAUUUUACGGACUUGGACUAAUUGUUACUUUUAUUGCUCUCAAUUUGAUGAACCAAGCUCAACCAGCUUUACUUUACCUUGUCCCAGCCACUUUAGUUCCUCCCUUGGUCAUUGCUUGGUUCCGUAAUGAGAUAAAUAUCCUCUGGUAUGGACCAGAACCUGCAGCUAUCGAAGCUCGUUUAAGAGAGAGAGCAGCAUUGGCUAACAAUAUCGAGAAUGGACCAGCACCAAACAACGUUUCUGCCAAUCAGGAAGAAACUGCAAGCUCAAACAAUCCGAAAGAAUCUCUUGUCACUAAUCAGCUGAAUGAAGGGACAAACACUCAAGAAAACAAAAGCUCUUAAAAGAUUUUAAAUCUCCAAAGAGAUUAUGAAAUUAAUUUUGUCAUUCGUUACUCUUAUGGCAUCUCGAUGAUUUUGUCUAUUGUUCUUGUUUAUCAACACCGCCAGCACUAUAACCAUAUUCAUCUUUAUCAUGAAUAUCACCAAUCAUUAAUUGGCUAUUUUAUUUUAAAUGGCUUUUAUUUUGAAUGUUGUUGAGUGCCUUUUCAAUUUAGUUAUUGUUCGCCCAAAUCAUCGUUAAUACCUAUUCCAGUCUGUUUUCAGACUUUUUUGUCAAAAGUGGAUCUUUCAAUUUAAAAUUUUUAUAAACUUUGUCAAUUAAGUGCCUGACAAUCUUAAUAGUCGUCAGUUAAAUACAUUUCCAUCAGUGUUAUUUAUGUUAUCGUGUAAUGAUACACAAUUCUUGUGAAAAAUUUGUAAAACAAUUAUAAAAAAACAUUAAAAAGACAAUCUUAAAAAUCAAAA